AUGCGCAUAACAGGGAGCAGCUGCACCUGCGCGCCUUGCAACUGGAUGACCGGAAGGAAGGCGAGCGACGGGUUGCGCUCAUGCGACAGCAGCAGCAGGUUCAAGGCGACAUGGAGAAAUUCGGACCCACAGUCGGCACGGCAACCGGACCUCCUGUGCACUUCCCGCUAUGGCAGCACCGGCCGCUUGCUAUGCGAGACCGCCUGGCGCGACCACUGGAAGCGGCGAGCGGCGGAAAUAGUUCUUCAGCAGGAGGUAGUGGAAGCAGCGCCGGUCGCGGAGGUUUCGGAUCGCGAGUCGGGGGUCCAGGGAUGCGGCGGCCGGUCUAAGGGAGCCGUCGCCGGCUCGUUUCUGGCGGCUGAAGGGGAAGAGGCCGACAGCGGCGGCCCGUUACCUGGGACGAGCUGCGACUACUGGGGUUCGGAAGCUAGAGUGGUUCGUUCCGACAGUGGCGCUGCUGUCGCGCAUCAAUAUCAUCAACAUCGGCACCAACAACUGCGUCAACAACAGCACCAACCGCACCAACAAUCGCACCUCGAGGCGCACCAACAACCACGCCAACCUCACCACGAACCGCACCAACAACAGCACCAUCAACGAGCGGCUGUCCCCGGCGUGGAGCCUAACGCCGUCUGGACUCCGCCCAGUCAUACUCGCGAGUUCCCCUGGCUGUCGUCGUCGCCCAAGGCUCCGCCCGCCGCGGUGGAUUCGCCGUCCGCGCGGUGGGAGGGCGGGGUUGGCGCGGAGGAGCGCGUGGGGUACGGCGCGUGGCGGAAGCGGGGGACGGAGGCGGUGGCGGUAAGAAGCGGAGACGCGCUACCCGGGGAGCACUUCGAGGCGCGCAGGCUUCAAUUCUCCGACGAUGCGGCAGCGGCGGCUCCGGCGGCCGGUCUGCUGGGAGAUCUCGAGGCUUCUAAGGACGGCUCGCCUACUAAGAGGGCGAGGGCUGGUCUAACCAGACCACUAGCCGCCGCCACGACUGGUGAAGCAGCCGCGGCGGCGGCGGCUGUAGCGGCGGCGGCGGCGGCGGUGUACAGAGGUUAUCAGGCCCCGAGCUGCCACGUGGCGGACAAGCUACAGCAGCUGCGGUGUUUUGACAAUCGCGCACAAGCUCGUCAGGGAACUGUGGCGCUUGAUGCGGUUGAAGCCAUGCUCGUUCAUGCUCGCGCCGCGCUCGGUGCGGCGGCUGCGACGGGUGGCGUUGCAGGGACGAAUAACGCCAACUCGCUUCAAGGCGGCAUGCCGGGUACGCCUCGUGCCGGCCGGCCGUUGCCGUCUGUGGACGCAGACGAAUGCUUCGCCGGCCGUCUGGACGACGCGUUUCAGCGGCAGCAGCACCAGCAGACAGCCGCAGCGCUUUCGCAUGGUAUGCUGAGACUCCUUUUUGACGACGGGUCGCUGGCCGCUUCUGCUGCUGUCAACGCCAGAGCCAUGGCCGCCGCGGCUGCCGCUGCUGCGACUGCGGCUGGGGGAGGGUUGGGUCAGGUGAUGGUGGGGGGAAUGGGUCCCGCUUCUCCUGCUCUUAGUGAGUCAGGGCGCGGGGAUUACCGUGCCACGCGGGCAGGCCUUUUCGGUAACCCCUAUGGUGGUUACAUUCAGUAA